AUGGUGAAUACUACACAAGAUGUAACAAUUGCCAAUGACUCAGAUGGACAUGGCGUUUCGUUCAUUAAUGUACCUGGAGAAAUUUAUCUAGCAGAAUCUGCUGGAAAAGUUAUAAAAUAUCCUUCAGAUGCAACAUCUGGUACAAUCGUUGGUGUUCGUCUAAGUCAACCAUCUGGUGUUUUUGUCGAUCAGUGUGACAACAUUUAUGUGACUGAUAUUGCUCAACAUCGAAUUGCAAAAAAAUCUUGA